AGAACUAACGAUUAGGACUUCUCAUGGUAUUGGCGGUUAUAGCCACGGUUUUCACUGUGGUUGGAGUGUUGGCUAUAAGAACAUUCUUGGAAGAGUGGCGAAGAGAGAAUAUAAAGGCGGCAGAGGUAGCCGCUGGGGAACAGGCCGAGUCUGAAGCGGUGGAUAGGGACUAUGAGGCGCCCGGUCUGGCGGCUCCAGUGGAGGUCUUACAGAACACGUCGCGUACCUCCGGAGGGGUGAUAGAAACUAUAGCCUUUUAUCAGAAAUCAUCUUCAGCUGGUCUUUCGGGGUAGGUAGAAUAUGGUCCUUAAAAUCAGUAAGGAGGUUAUUUACAGAUCCCAUAGCUUCGAAUGCUAUAAAAAAAGGAAAAGCAUGGGCUACGAAACCUUUUCCAGUAAUAAUACGC